AUCGCUUGUCAUUCAUUGAAUACAGAAUAGUUUAUUUGAAAUCACAAAACAAAAAUGGCUUUACUCGAUUUGUGCCGUUUAGAUGAGAAAAUUAACUUGAAACCCGUUGACGCCCUUGCAUCUUUUCAAAAUGACGUUGUAGGAUACAGCCAAAACUUUUUACACAGCACUCAGCUCGCGACGCCACCGUUUGCUAACCCUGUAGAAACCCUAGCCCAGUUUAACCAGAAAGAUGAGACUGGCAAAGCGAUCAAAAUCCAGUUCGACCACGGUACCACCACUCUUGGCUUCCGUUAUAAGGGUGGAGUGCUCCUGGCCGUGGACUCCAGAGCCACUGGUGGCCAGUUCAUUGGGUCACAGUCCAUGAAGAAGAUUGUUGAAAUCAAUGACUAUCUGCUUGGUACUCUGGCAGGCGGCGCAGCAGACUGCGUGUACUGGGACCGCGUGCUCGCCAAGCAGUGUCGCCUGUACGAGCUGCGCAACCGCGAGCGCAUCUCCGUGGCCGCCGCCAGCAAGCUCAUGGCCAACAUGGUGUACAACUACAAGGGCAUGGGGCUCAGCAUGGGAAUGAUGCUCGCUGGUGUUGAUAAGAGGGGAGCUCAGCUAUACUACGUGGACUCUGAAGGCACGCGCACGCCCGGCAAGGUGUUCUCCGUGGGCUCAGGGUCAGUGUACGCCUUCGGUGUGCUGGACAGCGGCUACAGCUGGGACCUCAGCGACAAGGACGCUCAGGAACUCGGUCGCCGCGCCAUCUACCACGCGACCCACCGCGACGCGUACUCGGGCGGUAUCAUCCGCGUGUACCACAUCAGCGAGAAGGGCUGGGUCAACAUCUCCAACGAGGACUGCUCCGACCUCCACUACAAGUAUGCCGCGGAGAAGGGCACGCCUGUCGCUUAGAUUUUAAUAAAACUAUCGUAUUAUUUGUA